AUGGGAGACAGUCCCGAAGACGUUAGUCCUUCAUCAGAAUGGCCUCGGCGAAGCAUGACCGGUCGGUGUCGACCUCGCAGUAUAUCCGGCGUAGACGGGCCAACGAGUAGACUACCAUCAUCAUCAGUAGCGUCCGUAGCGACUUCGAACUUACCUGCCCGCCGGAGUAUGAAGGAGACCUUCAACAGCCCCCCAGUUACGCCGAACACGUAUAUAGACCCACCGCGACCACCCAGAGAAGGCCACGAAUGGGUGUGGUUCCCGGCGGGUUACUGGGCUGAGCGCGAGAUUGUGGAGGCCCCCGGGAAGGCUAUGAGACACUUCAAGUGGCGGAAACGCUCCGGUAAGAGCAGUUCCGGCCGGGACACGCAAGACGACUUAGAACACUCCCCGAGUAUCCUAUGGGAUAUGACGCCAAAAACUCCGAAAACUCCGAAGACACCGCAGCAGCCUCUGCCUAGCCCUUUUCUUACGGAGGAAACACAUGUUCAGUCAUUACAAAGACCGCCGUUCAAUCGCCAUGGAACGAGUAGUGAGAGCGGCUCUUCGUUUCCAUUGAAUCGGAUGCCACAGGCACCUCUGCCUAGCCCCUAUUUGACCGAGGAAGCACAUGUCCAAUCGUUACAGAGAUCACCUCUAGGUUAUCAGAGCAGCGAUAGUAGUACUUCGCAAGCUAAAUCGACGAGAUUAGCCCAAACCUCACCGCUGACGGUCACGAAAGACUCAAACCCGGCUACUCCUCUUACAGCCGUUUUAGAUCAACGCCAGCAUCAGCUGGUAGACUCGCCGGUCGCUACACUCUCAUUUUCGUCGCUGCUUCACUUAUCGCCAGCCAGUCAAAGUCAAAGCCGGGCAUUAAGUCAGAAUCUGAGUCGGGUUCAAAGUCCGGAUGCCAAGCCUAAGAAAUCAUUCAUUGCGCGGUUACUCCCGGAUCAUAAGUCGAAAAUCAAAAAGACGCACAGCGACAACGACAAACCGCAAUGCCCUUACGUUGACAGCGAUGCCUACGACUACACCGCUAGCACCAUCGAAGGCGCAAGGGCAAGACUUCUUACCCAUAGUCAAAGCCAGUCUCCUACGCCGCUCAUAAGUCGUGUAACGACACUGCUACGCGAGGAGAGUAGAAGGUCGCGUGGAGGUAGUGGGAGUAGCAGUAGCGGGUGGUCGCGAUCGUUCAAACUGUUCGGGAAAAGCCCCUGGCAUCGGAAAGCUAGCGCUGGGUCUGAGGCGAGCGCAUCGAGUUCGGUUCGUGAUGUAUUGAGGGGCCGAACGCCGGUUACGAGCCCUGCUUCUGAUAUAGAACCAUUAAAUUCGGUUUGUACGCAGUUUCCGGGUGGUGAAGCGACCCGUGUACAGACACCACCGCUCCGCGAGAGCGGACGAAAUGCUGCUAGACCACGAUCCUUUUUCUUCGAUAUUUCGACGCCGCCAAUACGAGAUUGUAGUAGUAGCAGUGGUAGUGAGCGUGAUGAACCUCAACAUUCUCCACCCCCGACUAGUGAACCUACAAAGGAACAAGAUAAGCCUAAAAAUAACGAGGAAAAUAAGAGGGAUUCGGGUAAGGAGUGGUGGGAGGUACCAGUGGCGGUCCCCAGAUAUGAAGUUAUGGCACCUAGUUCAUUCGAGUUCGACAUGCCGGAGCACUUGCCCAACAGCCCCAUGUGUCCCGCCAAUAAGAGACAUAAAUCCGGAGGUACCGGAGUUUGCGUGUACCACGGUAGGAGGAAAAGAAGUCAAGCCGUUAAGGACGAAAGCGACGGUAAGAACGUCACGAAGGAGGUGUGGACAUAAGAAUGUCAUCAGCUAUUACUAACAGAAGUUGUAAAUGGGAAUGAUCGUGCUUCUAUCAAAAAGAGAAAACGUAUUGCCUAGCCUUGUCUUCACGACCUUUUUACAGUGAUAGUGUUACAUGCCGUCCUGAGAAAAAUCAAUGAUACUUGCUGCCGUGAAUCAAACCGAUCGAUGAUGAGAGUAAAAUGAAAUACGUUUGUCCGAACCAAAUUUGACCCCCAUAACUCCUGAUAAUCGUCCUAUU